AUGUUUGUCUGUUUUCAGCCAAUUAAAGCUGCUCCACCAGGAAAGAAAUAUGUUCGAUGUCCCUGUAAUUGUUUAUUAAUAUGUAGAGACAGGGCGGUCAAAAUAGCCUGCCCUCGACAAAACUGUGGUAGAAUAGUAAAUCUAAGUGGUGGAUUUCCCAGUGUUACUGUACGAUCACCAGGAUCAAUACGAGCUUCAUGUGUCCACUGUCAACAAAUAUUUAUAUUUGAUGUGAGUACAAGAGCACUAGCUAGAUGUCCCCAUUGUAGAAAUCUGUCAGCUGUUGGAACAAAUUAUGCUAAAAAUCGUGGUCAUGUUUGUUUGAUAUUAGGAUUGUUAUUUAUCGGAGCGGGGGUUGGUGUCACCGUUGGAACAUUGGAAUUAGCAGAACAAAAUGGAGGAAUUUAUGUUGUUUGGACAGGUAAGAUAUGA